UGCAGGUACAGUGACCAGGAGAUGCAGGCUGGUAAAGACAACCUGUCUCUAACAGGAUUCCUCAACAGGGACAAGUUGAUGACUGGGUCAGAAAAUUAGAAUCAAAGAUCCUACUUGAGCUGAAACCUGAGAUCUCCUCCCCUGGAAGGUGGCUUGGAUGGAAGAUAUCUAAGUUACAGAAAUGAGAGUCCAAUGCUGGAGGAUCUCCCUGCUGCUGUUGAUUGCCCUGAUCCUAGCAGCCAGGCUGGAGUACUUAGAAAGGUGGCAAGGCUUCCAGGAGAAACCAAUGAGCAAGGAAAACAUGAAACCAACCCUCAGCUUCUUCAUUGAAAGCUACAACAAUGCUAGCAAUGACACCUACUUGUUUCAAGUUGACAAGCUGCUUCGAAGUCAGAUACAGCUGACCACAGGAGUGGAGUAUUUGGUUACUGUGAGGAUUAGCCGGACCAAAUGCAGGAAGGACCAAUGGAAAAAUUAUACUUGCUCCAUUCAAAAUAAGAAGAAGCUGAAAAAGAGUUACAUUUGUGAUUUUUUCAUUUAUACUGUUCCCUGGAUGAACUUUUACCAACUCUGGAACAACACAUGUAUGGAUAACUAA